UCCGGAUUGGUGAAGCUUGGUCGUCGUGAUAAGCUUAAAUCGCGCGCAACCAACGCCACGUGCAAGCUGUAAUAGUGGUUCGCCAACCUUAAUGGAAGCUCUAUUAGACGUUGCAUUUUUCUAUUUCUCACGAUAGGAGGGCUCGCGGUGAGGCUCACCCAACCGCCGGCUGGCCUAUAAGCCCAACGUAUAUAAAUAUCUCGUCCCCAGAGACCGCACCCUCGCCCAGCGCAAUCCGUCUCUUUUAACAAACCAGUCCCUUCACUUUCUUUUUUCUUUUACAAGUCAUUAUGCGUUUCUCUACCAUUUUCUUCGCCUUUGCGGCCGCCGCUACCGCCAUGGACGACGAGACCUUCUACAACCUCGACCUGCCCGAGUUCACCCCCGACGGCGACAAGGUCGUCGACCUGCGCUUUUCUUCUGCACUCGACCGCCGCGCUGGAUGUGGAAAUAUCCCAGGCAUCGCGAAUGGAGCUUGCGUUCACUACUAUUCUGCAAAUCGUUGCGCUGACCGCGAUCACAUUAAAGGAUAUAAGCCUACGUGUGCUGGCAACUGCUAUGUCGACAGGUUCCACUCCGUCAAGGUUGCUGGUGAUGGAACCUACUCUACCAACUGCGUACUCUUCUCCGAUACCAACUGCCAGAACAAGAUUUUGGACAUGGGCAGCAAGACUGGCCAAGGAAAGUGCAAGAAUGCUGAUGGCUGGAGCAUGAAGUGCUACUACCGCUGCUAAAGUGGCUCGAGAUGGGAGUGGUCGACUACGAUGAGCGACGGCAGUUUUGUAUAUAUAUACUGCGACUGUGAUGAUAAAUUAAUGGACUAUCAUAUUAUAAAGGGAUAUUGGUCUUUGUGUAAAAUAAAUCGCGUGCAUCAACUAAAUUU